AUAGGUUCUAAAGAAUUGACGAGUAUCCCCUCGUUUGCUUUACUUCUAUCACUUACCCUUUUAUAACCAUUCGUUCAUCAGAAACUGAGUACCCAUAGCGUUAAAAUUUGUACAUACCCCAUGUCCGGUGCAGAUGUCCUAAGACAAAAAGUUGCCGAAGAACAGGCUGAUUUAGUAAGCUCAGAGCACUCAAAAAAUGUCGCUCCUCUCAGCCAUGAACUUGUCAAGUCAUCCGAUGUCGGAGACGUCAGUCAAGCUCCUUCAAAUUCGACCGGCCUACUCUUGGCGCCGACGAUGCUCCUCACGGGUCAUCAGUCAGAUGUCCUCAGUGUCAAAUUCAGCCCAGACGGAAAACACCUAGCCUCCGGCUCAAGAGAUAAGCAAAUUUUCUUGUGGAAUGCUACUGGCGACUGUAAAAAUUAUAUGGUCUUGAAAGGACACAAAAACGCCGUGGUACAAAUAGAAUGGUCAAGCGAUAGCAACAUUGUAUAUAGCGCCAGCUGCGACAAAACUCUGGGAUCUUGGGAUGCAGAAACCGGCAGAUGUCUAAUCAGGUAUACAGGCCACGUGUCUUACGUCAAUGCUAUUGCGUUAGGAACGCAAAAUGGCCUGACAUCUGUCUCUGACGACUGCACUUGCCUUAUAUGGGAUUCGCGCUCGAAAAAGAGCGUGAAUUGUAUUCACUUUCGAUGCCAGCAGACUGCAGUUGCCUUUAACGAAGACAGAAAGUUGGUUUUGACAGGUGACUUGGAAAACAUUAUUAAAGUUUGGGAUUUGAGGAAUACAGAUUCCCCUGCUUGGGUAAUGACCGGACAUACGGAUACAAUUACAAGUCUAAGACUGGAUCCAGAAGGCAUUUUCGUUCUUUCUAAUGCCAUGGAUAACACAUUGCGUAUUUGGGACAUUCGGCCCUAUGCACCAGAUCAACGCUGUACAAAGAUAUUCUGGGGCGCCUGCCACGGUUUGGACAACACGCUCAUAAGGUGCAAUUGGAGGCAUGACGGUGCAUUGAUAGGUGCCGGAAGUUUUGACCGUCACGUAUAUGUUUGGGAUACACUCACCCGGGAGCUUAAAUAUCGACUACCCGGUCACCGUGGAACCGUUGUCGAAGUUGACUUCCAUCCCACAGAAGAUAUCAUCGUCAGCGGAGGAGCAGAUUCUAAUAUUUAUCUGGGUCAAAUUGAGCCGUUCGAGUAAAUAUUUUCUACGCGUUGACAACCAACCGUUUCUAUUUCCUCAUGACCUCGAUUUUCCAUUGACACCCGUAUCUUUUUAGAUUAUCAGUGUUUUAUAAACAAUUUUUUGCUUUCCCGCAUAA